AUGACCUACACCUUUAUUUUGGGCUUCGCGGCCGCGGCCGUGGUCCUGCAGAUCAUCCGCAUGGCCCUGUCAUCCUGGCAACACGCCCGUAAGGCGCAUAGUCUGGGCUGUAGUGCCAUCCCUCAUUUUCCAUCCAAGGACCCGAUGGGUAUCAGUAACUUAAAGCAAUCACUGGCAGCGGAUCGGAAGAAGCUACUGCCAGUGCUCUCAGAGCGCCGCGUCGAGAUCGUGAGCGAGAAAGAGGGUCGCUACGUCACAACCUACGUGAUACGAAAUAUGGGCCGGGACCUGGUCUUUACCAUCGACCCGAAGAAUAUUCAGGCUGUUCUAGCAACUCAGUUUAAGGACUUCGAGUUGGGUACGGUGCGCCAAAACAGUGUGCACCCCCUGCUGGGCACCGGUAUUUUCACUGCUGAUGGCGAAGAAUGGUCUCGAUCGCGUGGCUUGCUUCGUCCACAAUUCACUCGAGACCAAAUCAGCCAGCUGGAUCUGGAGGAAGCACAUGUGCAAAAGGCAAUGCAGGCAUUGCCCGUCGCCGCAAACGGAUGGACUGCUGCCACCGAUAUCCAGUCGAUUUUCUUCCGCCUCACCAUCGAUUCCGCCACCGAAUUCCUGUUCGGAGAGAGCGUAGAGAGCCAACUGGGCGCUUUGCAAGGCACCCAGCGGCCCGAGGACUCUUUCGCUUACUAUUUCGAUAAGUCACAAUGGGUGUGCGCCCAGCGAGCCCGUUUCGAGAAGCUCGCCUUCCUCGUGAAUAGCAAGGAAACACGCCACUCGGAUAAGCAGGUGCAUGCCUUCGUCGACAAGUUCGUUCACAGUGCCCUAGCCGCGACGCAGAGUGGCAAGCCCCGCGUGGACGAGGAGAAGUCGCAGUAUGUAUUCCUAGAUGCGCUCGUAGCGACUACCCGCGACCCAGUCGACCUGCGCUCGCAGCUGUUGAACAUUCUUCUGGCCGGUCGUGACACCACGGCCUCACUACUGAGCUGGACCAUCUUGAUGCUGGCGCGGAACCCUGAGGUCUUCCGCAAGCUGCGCGAGACGAUCAUCGAAACCUUCGGCACGUACUCCGCCCCGCAGAACAUCACUUUCGCCACACUUAAGUCCUGCCAGUACUUGCAGUACUGCAUGAAUGAGUCUCUCCGCCUUUUUCCUGUAGUCCCCUUCAACCGACGCGCCGCCACCCGUGAUACCACCAUCCCCCGCGGCGGCGGCCCUGAUGGUCAGUCCCCGGUCUACAUCAAGAAGGGCCAAUCUGUCGUCUACAGCACCCACGUCAUGCAUCGCCGUAAGGACAUCUGGGGCCCGGAUGCAGACAAGUUCAAGCCCGACCGCUGGUUCAACCGCAAGGUUGGCUGGGAGUACGUUCCCUUCAACGGCGGCCCGCGUAUCUGCAUUGGCCAGCAGUUCGCCCUUACCGAGGCUGGCUAUGUGCUCGUGCGUCUACUCCAGCGCUUCGACCAGAUCCAAGACGUCGACCCUGAUCGGGAAAUCCGCUGGGGCUUGACUCUUACAAGCUGCCCGGCCGAUCUGGUGACUGUCCGGAUGCACCAAGCAGACGACGCGUAA